UCAUUUUGUAUUCAUUCCGUUCUUCGUUCAUUUUACCGGUAGGCCAUUGAUAACUUUAUGAGGUUUAUCAAAAUUUUGAGUUGCAAGAUGGCCAUGAAACUUCUGUCCAGUGUAAAGUGUUUCGGUGGUGAGCAGCGGAUUUAUUCGCAUGCAUCUGAGGUUUUGGGAUGUGAAAUGAAAUUUGGAGUCUACAUGCCUCCCUCUGCAGUUGAAGAUCAUGCCGAGUGCCCUGUUCUAUAUUUCCUCAGUGGUCUCACAUGCACACAAGACAACUUUAUUCAAAAAUCGUGUUUUCAACAACAUGCCGCAAAACAUGGGAUUGUUGUAGUUAAUCCAGACACAUCGCCCCGUGGCUUGAACCUACCUGGCGAAGAUGAUCAUUGGGACUUUGGCAGCGGUGCUGGCUUUUAUGUGGAUGCAACUGAAGCUCCUUGGUCUAAAAACUAUAAGAUGUACUCAUAUGUUACUCAAGAAUUGCCUAAAUUAGUAAAUGCUAACUUGCCGGUAUUACCGAAUAAAAGAGGUAUUUUUGGACAUAGCAUGGGUGGUCACGGUGCUUUAAUUUGUGCUUUGAAGAACCCUGGCGUAUAUCAAUCUGUAUCUGCAUUUGCACCUAUAUCCAAUCCAAUCAAUUGCCCAUGGGGUAAGAAGGCUUUCAAUGGAUAUUUGGGUGGAAACGAGGAGACAUGGAAAAAUUGGGAUGCCACAGAAUUGGCUACUGCGUAUGCUGGCAAUCCAUUAGAGAUUCUUGUGGACCAAGGAUCGCAAGAUAAUUUUUACAAAGAAAAACAAUUACUACCGGAAAAUCUGUUGAAUGCAGCUGCGGAAAAUGACCAUCUCCAAUUGAUUUAUAAAAAUCGAGAGGGCUAUGAUCAUAGCUACUUCUUCAUUGCAACUUUCCUUGGCGAACAUUUCGAUCAUCAUGCGAAAUUCUUAAAGGCAUAAUAUUUUAAAAAUUAGAUUCUGUCAAACAAAGUUUGCAGAAAAUGUGGAAUAUAGCUUAUGUAUGGCAUUUCUGUGCAUUUGCAGAUGUGGACCCAAGUUUUAUAAAUGCUUCACCACUGUAAAUUAAGUAAAUCGUUGAAAAAUUGUUUAUGUGCUGUUGGAAAUGAUAUUAAAAAUC